GAAUUGGCACUCUGCACCCUCAUGAAGUUUGUGGAGUUGGAGGCGCGAUAUCCACUGAUCAAAGCAGAGUGGAAGGGGAGCUUAACUUUUCCUCGUGAGCUUCUUAAGGUAGUUGUUGAUGGCUUACUCCCCUUAAAUGAGGAUGCUUCGCUCCUGAUCUCUCGCUUUCAAGAAUAUAUGGAGUACGAUGACAUUCGGUACUUUGUCAUAAAGGCCGUCACUGAGAGUAUUGGACAAGUCAUGCAGAAGACAAAAGAGAGGCCACUGCCAUUUUACCAGCAGAAUGUAUUUUCCCUCAUUUCACCCAUUAACAUGCCAAACAAGGAGAGUGACAUGGUCAAAUUUAUAGUAAAACAAGAUAACUGGGAGGAAUUGAAAGUGUCCAAGCUGCAGGCACACAAGCAGGCGUUUGAAAAAAUGUGGCUCAGUUUUCUGAAGCACAAGCUACCCACUGGCCUUUACAAAAAAGUUCUUGUCAUUCUGCAUGACUGCAUCCUGCCUUACAUGAACGAGCCCACCCUCAUGAUCGAUUUCUUGACGGUGGCCUAUGGCAUAGGUGGCGCAAUCAGUCUUCUAGCCUUAAAUGGAUUAUUUAUUCUGAUUCAUCAGCAUAACCUAGAAUAUCCUGACUUUUACAAAAAGCUGUACAGCCUUUUAGACCCUUCAAUAUAUCACGUGAAGUACCGAGCCCGCUUUUUCCAUUUGGCUGAUCUGUUCUUAUCUUCAUCCCACUUGCCGGCGUACCUGGUGGCCGCGUUUAUCAAGCGCCUCUCCCGGCUGGCCCUGACUGCCCCUCCCGAGGCGCUGCUCAUGGUCAUCCCCUUCAUCUGCAAUCUCUUUCGGAGGCACCCCGCCUGCAGAGUGCUCGUGCACAGACCCCACGGGCCAGAAGGCAUGUCAGAAGAUCCAUAUAUUAUGGAGGAGGAGGAGCCAUCUGAAAGCCGGGCUUUGCAGAGCUCUCUCUGGGAGAUUCAGUCUCUACAAAACCAUUAUCACCCAGAUGUGGCCAAAGCGGCUGCUGUGCUGAACCAGUCGCUGUCUGAAAUCGAGGAUGACAUAUCGGGGCUGCUGGAGCUCUCGGCUUACGAGCUUUUUGACAAAGAAGUAAAGAAAAAGGCUGUUGAUGUGCCCCUGGAGUUUGAGCAAGUGCGAGGUCUAUUUGGGAAGAAAAAUGAUAUAUUUGCGGAGCAUUUCACUUUAGAUUGA